CCACACAAAGUUUUUUUGGUGUGUCAGGUCAUGUGUGUAGACAGGCAGUGAGCGAGACAGGAUGAGUCUGAGAGGAAGACCACUUCUCAUUUCACACCAUGAAGAUAUGAAGAUGUGGCGGAAAGAGUUGACUCUGAUGUUACUUACAGUGGCAGUGAUGGUGAUAUCUGGGGAAGACCCUGUGAUAUUGAAUAAAACAAAGCACACAGUGCUACGUCCCUCUGGUUCCUCUCUGACUCUGGGCUGUAGUUUGGAUACAGAGAAAUACGAGAGAUUCCGCUUGUUCUUGUACUGUAACCCCUCUGGACCUUCAUUCACUGACUCACACCAAAUUUAUGAGAUCUUUUACGGAACCAAAAAUCACUCCAUUGUGUUUAAAAACGAAAGGCAGCUCAGGGAUGAUGGUGAAGGAAACUACCUGGGGAAGACUGUGCUCAAAUACACUCUGUUAAAUGCUACGGAAACAGACAGUGGAUGGUACUUUUGCAAAGUCAUAGCAGAGAUUCCUGACUUGGCAAAUGAAAGCAGCAGUGGAACAGAAAUCAUUAUUACCAAGAGCUUGGAGCAUACAACGUACCCAUCACUAACCAUAGUUACGAGUACACAAGAAACUGUGGCUCCGCCAGUCCAUCUGAUCGACUGGUGGCUGUGGCUGUUGGUUGGGGUGUUUGCCGUCAUUCUGAUUGUCCUGCUGCUUGUAAUCAUUUUGAUGAGAAGAAGACGCAACAUGCACAGAGCAAUGGAAGAUCCCAUAUAUGCAAACACCCAUCGGCCUUCACCGCGGCCAGGGAUUCCAGCGGAAAACCUCAAGACCGUUUCUUCAUCCCAAAACCUCCGUCACCCGAGCACUGCCAGUAGGUACGAAAAUGGCAAGAGGAGACAAAACCGAUGAAGAAGCCAUGGAUCUCAAGUAUCACUGACUCAGCUCCUCCUUAGAUGCAGUGGCGUGUCCAGAGGGGUGGUCAAGGGUUGUACUGGCAACACUUGAAAUCCAAUUGGCCACCCCAAAAUCCUAAACUAUGAUUGGCUGUUUGCCUUGUCAGAGGUGGGGUUUCUGUUAAAAACUAUAAUUUGGGAUGAGUUA